GAAAUUGCAAACAGCUCAUAUCAAUUUGUCAAACUUCUGCAUCACGUAUUAAAACAAGCCCACCUCUCUGAUUACCACCCAGAAUUUUUUUACUAAAAGCAAUUGCGAAAAUGUCAUCCACAGAACCACCAGCUCCCGCUUUCCGUUCCGUCGAGCUAGCAACCGCCGCCGAUCUUCCCGAAAUCGCCGAAACGAUGCAGGCAGCCUUAAUCGUUGAUCCCUUCUGGACGGGCAUGAAAGGCACCAUUUCCCUUGAAGAAGAAUAUAAGUUCAUCUACGACAACCUAGUGCCGAGAAUCGUCAAAGGGACGGAAUAUGGCGCCUGCGAAUUUUGGAAAGUCGUAGAUGAAAAUGGGAAGAUUCUUGGAUGGGCUGGAUUCGGAAAACCGAUCGUCCUUACGGAAGAACAGAAAAAGGCGGCGAAUAGCACGUAUAUAUUUCCUCCAGGCAGAAAUGAGGGACUUUGUGACUUGUUUCAAAAUCGGAUCUUGCCUGCUGCUGCGAAGAAUGGGUUUGAUCCUACGAGAGAUUUCCAGAGACAAAAUACAAUGGUUCGUCCUGAGUACCAGCGCCAGGGAAUCGGACGUAUGCUCACGAAGAAAUUAAAUGAGAUUGCCGAUGCGGGAGGAGCAGCGACACAUGUUCGUGCUCGACCGGGGGCUUCGGCAUUGUUUGUUCAGAUGGGGUAUGAGAUCUUGGAGAGGAUUGAUUUUGACUUGGGUGAUUAUGGAGCUGAGGGUGGAAAGACGGCACUUUUCGUUAUGAGACGGCCACCUGGGGCGAAGGAAGAGAAGGGAAAGAAGCUGGAUUGGAGUUGAAUGUACGAGAAUGGGCCAAUUUCAAUCUGGGUAGUAAAAAUAAUAUCCGAAAGAAUGAG